AUGGAUACCGAUGGAGUGGCCCAGAUGUCAAACCACCGCCACUGGCACAUCCUGGUGGCGGUCUGCAUGGUGAUGUGGGGAGUCUACUUUGUGUACGAUGUUCCAGGCUCUCUUUCGGUAGCUUUGCAAGAGCAUUUGUCACUUCCAGCCCCUCAAUAUACGUAUCUUGUGUCGGCACUCUAUACAGCUUAUGCGGUUCCCAACAUGAUUCUCCCCUUUUUUUCGGGGUACCUCGUACAGCGAAUAGGCGAAAAGUGGGCUCUUCUCGCCACUCUACAAGCCGUAUUAGUUGGCCAGUUGAUCUUCUCACUUAGCCUCCAGUUAAGAAGUCAGCUGGGAAUGAUUCUAGGGCGCGUCUUUAUCGGCCUCGGAGGUGAGAUAAUUGGCGUUUUGGGAACCGAAAUUACAACCCGCUGGUUUAAAGAGAAGCAGUUGUCGUUGGCGUUGGCGAUCACCUUGUCGGUGUCAAGACUUGGCUCGGUCGCAAAAUCUGCUAUCAUUCCCGUCUUGAUAGAGGAUUUUGGAAUAGUACGUGCCGUAUGGAUCGGAUCGAUUCUAUCUUUGGGCGUCGCUGUGGUGGGUGCCAUCUACCUACUCGGUGUUCGUGGUGGCACGCUUGUGCACCAUGAGAGCGAGAAUGCGGGAAAAAUGAGCCCGGUUCGACAAUUCCCUUCCGUCUUCUGGAAACUUGCGUUGAUUUGCGUCUUGGGUUACGGAGGAAUCAAUACCUUCCCUAUUUCUGCACAGCGAUUUCUAGCAGCCUGGUUCUACGAUGGGGAUCAGCGAAAGGCUGGGGCUGUCACCGGAAUACCAUACUUUCUUUCUGGAGCUCUCGUCCCGGUGUUUGGGCUUUUUUUCAACGAAAAUUCAUUCCAAAGCUACCCGCCAUCCCUAUGUGCAGCUAACAUUCUCAUGGGAGUGGCACACUUACUAUUGCUAGUUAUAACACAGCCUACUUUACCUCUCACUAUGCUAGGUAUAGCUUACGCACUUUAUGGGGUGGCAUUCUGGGCUGCUCUGGCACAAUGCCUUUUGUCAACCGUGGAGUCCAUUUCAGCGAAGGAAAAUAUGUCGCACAGCUGGGAAAGAUCUAUGAAUGAAUCCGAGUACGGGAGUAUUCAUCCUUCAGAACCGCCUGGUGGUUUUUCCGAUGACCCCGAAGAACAUGAGCCCCGCGGAACAAACGCAGAGAGCCUUAUUACGCUUGGCUAUGGAAUCAUGACAAGUUUGAACAACUUGAGUUCUGCUGUGAUUCCGAUCCUUCUCGCCAAGGUUGAGAAUGUCAUGGGGUUCACCGGUCUCGAGGUAGUCUUUUUCAUUCUGUCAUUGCUUGGGCUGUUGGCGUCUUUCGAACUGUUCUUGUCGUUGUCGGUAAGAGUUUCACUUCAUUAG